AUGGAGCCAGGCCGAACCGAUGUGAGGCCCAACGCGGCCACGCCAUCUCAGACACGCGAUGCCCGCCCCGCGCCGCUCAAGCGUCUCAGCUUUGACUACGAGGGCCAUCCACUGUACCAACAACUGACUAUUGGCCAUGCAAUCCGCCUUGUCGAGAUCGCCAGGGGUGCAACCUCCGAUCCCAUAUCAAUUCGGCUGUCAAUCCAUGAGCUGAGCCACACACCAGAUUACGAUGCUAUCUCGUAUGUCUGGGGUGGACAGGCCGACCAUGCUGUUGUUGAGUGCAACGGUAAAGACCUCAACAUCACCCACAGCCUCGAAGCGGCGCUCAGGCGAGUGCGGCUCCUGGAUCGUCCUCGCCUGGUCUGGGCAGAUGCUGUCUGUAUCAAUCAGCGAAAUCUCCGAGAAAAGUCUCACCAUGUCGCCUUCAUGGACCUCGUGUACAGACUUGCAGACCACGUUCUGAUCCAUUUGGGCCCUGCUGAAGAUAGCGUUGGCAGGGAUGUGCACGAGCUGAUUGAGGAGUACGUCGUCCGCAGCACUCCCUACCACGGUGACAUAACUGCGAUGCCCGUACUUCCCAGGGAUGACCCCAUUCUUGAUGAUGUACGAUGGCGAUCCUUAGCCCGAGUCAUGGGUCUUCCUUGGUUCAGUAGAGCAUGGGUAAUUCAAGAGGCCGGCGUUGCUCGAGAUCCGCGAGCUCUGUUGGGUUCCUUCGAUCUCGACUACCGGCAAUUGAUGCAGCUCACACGGUGGGUUGUGCGAUGCGCAUCCCAACUGCAAAGCCGCUCGAGUAUACCGCUCGAGACGAUUCACACGGACUGGGAGCGUUGGUCUGCCGGCUGGCAGGAACAACAGACCUAUCGAUAUUCCCUUGUGGAUUUCCUCAGCCACGCCAAACCUCUUGGCUGCCAUGAAUCUCGCGACCACGUGUACGCGUUUCUGGGCCAUCCGUUGUGCCAGCAGGAGGGCGAGGAUGGCAUCAUCAGGCCCAUCAUUCGUCCCGACUACAGCAUGCCGUUGGAGGAGGUCUACCGGCGCAUGACCGAAUGGAUGCUUUCCCACGAGGGUAUGAAGGUGUUGUCCGCAGCCGAGCAUAAUGAAGUGAGCCUUGCAGACGACUCAACUCCGUCGUGGGUCGUCCGCUGGAACAUCCAUCUGGUCUGGAGCUCGUUCGGCUACUACCACCCUUUCUAUUACCGAGCGUCCGGCUCAGAGCCAGAACCGCCCCAGAACAAAACGCAGCCUCUCGAAAAGCCGCCAUGCAAAUGCGUGCUUGAUGGCCCGACGUGCACCAUCUCAGCCAUACGUCUCGACACCAUCACACAAGUGUACCAGUUCUCCGCUGACGACGCCCACUGGCCCGUCCUCGAAGUCGAUGCAAAGCUGCGAACGCCCAGCGGAACUGACCUCACCCGGCUCCUGGCUCGCAUCUUUGCCGCCACGCAAGAUUCAACGCACUUUACCAGCGUCAGGUACACCACUUCUGACAAUACAGGCCAUUGUCUCGACGCUCUCUCACUCACGCUUACCGCCGGACUGACGAACUACGAGAGCGCCGAGGACGAUUUGCCCACGCACCGUGCCGAUUUUCAGGCGUUCUGGGGGCGGCUGCUGCGCAGGCUGCGCGAGUUGCCAGCAGAAUUACAGGAGAAUACGGUGCAUUCCUCCGCACUGCCCUCAUGUCCCCACAAUCUUAACGACCAACUGGCAGAGCAGCAACAACAGCAGACCUUGCCCAGGACCGGCAGUGGCAGCGCCGACCGCUUCCUUUACGACAUGUCCCUGUCGUGCAAGGGCCGGGCUUUCUUCAUCACCAAUGGAGGCUUCUGGGGCGUGGGACCGCAUGUCACGAAAAUGGGAGAUGAGUGUUUCGUGGUGAUGGGGGCCAGGGUGCCGUUUGUGGUGAGGCGGCAUCUUGUGAAAGCAGCUGCGGAAGAAGAGAAACACGGCGAUGUUGAACGAGCAGGAAUUUCCGUGGGUGAGCCUGCUGGUGCUGGUGAUUGUGGCGAGCGCUAUCGCCUUGUCGGCGAGGCGUACGUGCAUGGUGUCAUGCGCGGAGAAGCUGUGACGGCGGAGCUGGACAGUGCUGGAGGAGUUGGUGCUUGGAGGGACUUGGUGCUCGUCUGA